ACAUGACUCUCACAUGACAAGAAAGAAGCACAAGAUGUCUGGUCCUAAUGGAGAUUCUCUUGUCCCAGCAGGAGAGGUGUCAGGGGAAGAAGAAGAUUAUGCUGCAUUGGAUUUUAUGCUGGAUCAGAUUAGUUUCUGUCUUGACCACCUCGAAGAGAAAAAUGACCACUUACAUGCGCAACUACAGGAUUUGCUGGAAUCAAAUCGUGAGGCUCGACGUGACUUUCAGCAGCAGUUAAACCAGAAUGGAGCCAACAGUGCGCAGGAAGCAGGGAUGUAAUGGUUACCAAAAGCACAGCAACAACAUAGGAAAAUAUCUCCCCAAAAUGUUUCUAUAUAGCAGUUAAUUGGAAAUGUCCUUCCUAACGGUUUUACAAUGAUUAGAAAAAAAAGAUGCCGCUACAUAUUUAUCAAGAAAACCUGCUUUAUUUAUUUCUUUUCCACGUGGGACCAAUGAUAAGGACUACUACAAGGAUUUCCAUCACAAUAAACCCAAGAUUUGUAUUUUAUUUAUAUUUCUGUCUUACUUUUACGUGAAUGUCAAUCUUACCAAAAUAUCUGACACGGUACUGUACCUCUGAAUAAUUUUUUUUUUUGCUCUGAUCAAUCGUGGGCCGACAAGCCCUAUGGUGGCUGAGCUUUGCAAAGUAUCAUGGGAGUUGGAGGUCUACAACCACUUGACAGAGCUACUGGUUGGACGACCCCACUAUUUACUAUACUUGUUUGAUAUAAUUCUGUUAUACAACCCAAUUGCACUAAAAUAAAAAAAGUCAACAAGUGAUCUUCCCUGAAGCUACAUUAUAUUUUCCAGACAAACUGUUGUAUACCUCACACUUGCAUUUACUUAACAUUUUAUUUUUCCCACUUAAAUGGCCUAGGUAACACAUUUUACAAAAACUAAAAUAAAGCAAGAAAUAUUUGUCAAAAACUUUGUAAUUUGAUAGCAAGUCAA